AGAUAUUCGUCACCGAUGAUGGCAACGAUGAUAUAUAUUGGUCUGAUCUGUCAAGUAUGACCUUCACCUUUUUACCUGUCAACCCAGCAUCUGAACCGUGGGAUAUCACAUAUGAUCACACUGAUGAUAGAGUUUACUGGACAGAGACUGGAGACGAUCUUAUAUAUAGUGCUAAUGUGGAUGGGACAGGCAAACAAAGUAUUACUGGUUUUUAUUACAACGCUCCUGUUGACAUAGCUAUUGCUGAAACUGCAAGAAGGAUUUAUUGUGCAUUCCGGGAUGAAUCUGAAAUCAGAUCAAUCUUACUUGAUGGUACUGAAGAAAUUGCAGAGGUUACGAGUAACAUUGACAAACCAAGGGCAUUGGUAGUCUUCGAGUCGACAGGACAUCUAUACUGGUCCCACACCAGAAAAAUAGAACGGAUAAAUCUAGAUCAAUCAGGAAGAACUAUGCUGUUUGAAAAUGAAGCGUACGACAAAAUAGUUGGAUUAGACGUGAGUCUUUCAGAUAAUCGUAUUUACUUCGCUGACGAAGGAGACAAACAUCUCGUCUAUACUGAUCUGGAUGGGAACAAUAUGCAGGUAGUUCAGGGUGUAUCUGAUAACUACAUUCCACAGGAUAUGAUGUUACAUAAUGGGAUGAUAUAUUUUACUGAUAAAAGUAUCAAAGGGAUCGUCAUCUGCGAUGAUUUCACCGAAUCUUCUCCAACCUUUCAUGAGUACCCCGAUGAAACCGUGUUUUCGAGUCCUCGAAAGAUGCACAUCACAACAGUUCCUUCAUGAUCAGCCAGAGAUUUUAAGAUCAAAUUUGUAGCGUUAUAAAAACCUGAAUGACGAGAUGUUGUGUAUAGCACUGUACCCCCUCUUUUGACCAUGUUUUUAAGGUAUCUAAUAUUGUCAAUUCAUCAGCAAAAUUAUCCAUAUAAACUGGUUGCAUCAAAUGAUUGGCUGUGAUCUAUCACGCUAUCAGUUAUUUUUUAAGUGGGGUAAAAUGUGCUGACUGGUACUAAUGACCAGUUCUCAUGGCCGGUCAUCGUUUUGAGAUUACCGUGUCAUCUAAAAACCGGGUCGUGUGGUCCAGUGGUCAGAGCAUGGGACUCAUAAUCGCGAGGUUGUGAAUUUGAAUCCCCACUCUGCCAUUGUCUGUGAAAAUGGGUGAAGGUUGUUACAAGCGCGUUCAACUAAGGCACCGUGAAUAAAACAUUUGAAAAUGGGCAGUCCGACAGAACGUGUUUUUAUUAAGUCACCGCAAGUUUUUCCUAAUAAUUUCUAAUGGAUAAUAUGAUACUAUUUCGAAUGAGACAUGAGGCAUAAUAUAUAACCGUAUUAUGUUCUUAUUCCAAACUGAUUAGUUAUAAUUGAUAUUGUCUCUGUUCGGAAGUAGUCGCAGUAAUAUUUACGAGAUGAUGAAAGUAAUAAAAGUGAAAUAUAUCUGAGUUUACACUCCGGCCACAGGAGCUAGUUUCAGGAAACUUGUGAUUAAUUGCAACUCAGGUUUCUAACGAUAAUGCAAAUACAUAUAUAUAUUUUUUUUCAUCAAAGAGCAAUA